UAACAACGUAAUUUAAAUGUUUAUAUUUAUUAAAAUAUUUACAAAACUACUUUCUAAAGCUAAUGCAUAUAUGAUUCAGCAGAAACAGUUAAGAUUGAGCGCCAACAUUGAAGAAACGAAAAAAAAAUGUUUGAAUUUACUUUAAAAUGCAGUUAUAACCUUUAUAUAUGUCUAUUGGAAACUUAAAUUUUUUUAAAAGAACCUGACCUUCCUCACAACAACGGAAAACAUCCGACAUUACGACAAUAAUUGCAUCUUGCAUGCAACUCUCAAAAACUGUACGCGCACGCGCUCGAACCAACCGGUAACCAAUGGCAACGGGAGCCGCAAACGAUUGCUUUGUUGUUUGAAACUUCCGAGUACAUCUUCUUCGAAGUGAUCAUGAAAGAAUCUACCAGGGGCGAAGAUGGUGACGGCACACACCGGCGUAACACCGGAGACAGCGAAAGCUACUUCCAUUUGGCGGUUUCCGGUCAACUGGAAUCGGCCUACUUCCCGAUGGGACCCGACAGUGGCUCUUUGUUCUGCCGGUAUGACGUCGUGGCGGGACCGGACUGGGAGCUGGUGUCCGGCAUGCGCUCCGGCAUAACGCAGAGUGCCAAACCGGAAGGGAACUACCGGACCGUGGUGUUCAAUAUGCCGCUGGAGUUCACGAUGAAGUCGACCAACCCGUACGGGUGGCCGCAGAUUGUGUUCAGCAUGUACGGGAACAAUCUGUGGAAUGUGGAGACGAACCGGGGCUACGCCAGGAUUCACUGCCCCCUGAUGGGAAUGAAGAGGACCGUACGUGCACCGCUUUUUGUGCCGAAGUUCAGCAACAUUUGGUCGGCGGCCAUGAGCUGGAUUACAGGAGUUAAUGCGGAAAUGCGCGAUCCGAAGAUUCUGGCGGAUGGAUCUAAGCAUAAGGGCCUGGCGACGGAGAGCUACGGGGAACUGGUGGUUAGCUUGCAGGCGAUAUCUCGUGGAUGCAACAAGAUGGGCCUCGAUUGGGGUCAAUCCUAUGACUGAUCUUAAGAAAAUACGUUUUUUGAAUCUGGAUACAGAUCGUAUGCUAAUUGUAAGUAAAUUCAUCCAAAUCAAAUUUACCAGAGGUCAAAAUAAAAAUGAAAUUUUUGGAUUCAAA